ACUGGUAUUUUCUAGCGCCCUUUGUGUGGUCACACUUGUCGCACACGUAAGGAAAGUAAAAUUUAUUCGAUUUUAGAAAAUGCCGAAAAAAAAGACUGGCCAGCGUAAAAAGGCUGAAAAGCAGAAGCUGCGCCUCAAGGAGAUACGCAGCCGUGAAACGCCGCUGGCGGAUCUCCCCUGCAAUGCACCAAUGGACUGCGACAAGUGCGAAAAGAAGCAAAAGUCUCGAGCUUUCUGCUACUUCUGCCAGAGUGUGCAAAGACUCCCGAUAUGCGCCCAAUGCGGCAAGAUCAAGUGCAUGUUGAAGACUGGGGACUGUGUGGUGAAGCAUCCUGGGGUGUACACCACCGGUCUUGGAAUGGUGGGUGCCAUUUGCGACUUCUGUGAGGCGUGGGUCUGCCACGGUCGCAAGUGCCUCCAAACACAUGCUUGCACCUGCCCCUUGCAGAACGCCGUUUGCCUGGAAUGCGAGCGAGGCGUCUGGGAGCACGGUGGCCGUAUCUUCAAGUGCUCCUUUUGCAAUGGCUUCCUGUGCGAAGACGACCAGUUUGAGCAUCAGGCUAGUUGCCAGGUUCUGGAGUCGGAGAACUACAAGUGCCAAUCGUGCAACCGACUGGGUCAGUACUCCUGUCUGCGCUGCAAGACUUGCUAUUGCGAGGAUCAUGUGCGCCGCAAGGGCUUCAAGUACGACAAGAAUAAGGCCAUUCCAUGUCCAAAAUGCAAUUACGAUACCUCGGUCACGAAGGACCUCAGUAUGUCGACGCGUUCGCACAAAUUUGGUCGCCAGCAACAGGGCGGCGGCAGCGACGACGAGGACGGAUAUGGUGGUUACUAUGGAGGAGCCAGUGGCAGCUCUGGCUAUUAUGGAGGUGCCACUUAUGGCGACGAUGAUGAGGAAGAGUCUGAUGGAGACUACGACGACGAUGAAAGUGAUGAAGAUGAUGAUGAUGAUGAGGAGGAAGGCGAGACCACCGAAAGCGAACCAGAGAAAGAAUCUGAAAAAGCCGGUACAUCUGGCACCAAAUAGGAAUGUGAUCACUGCUAUGCUGCGUCCCUUUAUUUCCAGCUAUAAACUGUGCAAUUGGUUUUAAAUUUUAUUGAAAUAAAUUCUCUGUUAUUUUGAAGAAUGUCAAG